GUUCAAGAGCCAAUUAAGAUUUAGAGUGAAGACUCGAAUUCCCAUUUCUCAACGGCCAAUGGAGUUAACAACCCCUGCAUCGAAUCCCCCGUUCUUUUCAUCUCUUUGAAUUUCUCUUUCGUAAUUCCUCCUCUUCUCUCCGGAUUUCAUCGGUUGUUUCCAGGGGCCACCACCACCAUGUCCUCCGCCGUCGACAAGCCUUUUUUCUGUCACCAGUGUGAUCGCGCGGUUACUGUUUCUGUAUCCAUUUCCUCCGAUCCUCUUUGCCCACUUUGCCACGAGGGUUUUCUCGAAGAGUACGACAAUUCCAAUUCCAAUCUCAAUUUUGAUCCCACGUCCUUUUUCCUUCCCCAACCUUUCCGUCGUUUCAAUCCGCUUGUUUUCUCCUCUUCUACAGUUGUUGAUCUUCAAAACCCUGGUAUAUUUUCAAGAACUUUGGCUCCGCCUUCCCAAUCCACUUCCUCUGUUCACCACGAGCCCUACGAUCCUUUUGUUUUUCUUCAGAAUCAUUUACGGAGCAUCUUCGAAAGUGGUGCCGAUGUUGUCUUUGAAAUUCCUCGCCAUUCUUCCCACUCUGGUGUUCCAAUGCCUCAAAAUGUGGGCGAUUACUUCAUUGGACCAGGCCUCGAGCAGCUUAUUCAGUUGCUGGCUGAAAAUGAUCCCAACCGAUAUGGAACUCCGCCGGCUUCGAAAUCGGCAAUUGAGAAGCUUUCGACUAUCACUGUUACUGAGGACCUUCUGAAUUCGGAAAUGAAUCAGUGUGCCGUUUGCAUAGAUGAUUUUGGAAAAGGUAUUGUGGUUAAGCAAAUGCCAUGCAAGCAUGUAUUUCAUGAUUAUUGUCUAUUGCCUUGGCUUGAAUUGCAUAAUUCAUGCCCUAUUUGCCGGUUCGAGUUGCCUACGGAUGAUUCUGAUUACGAGAAUCGAACACGUGGAAACCGGAUGCAGGGGAAUGAAUCUUCCGGGGAAGAAUCAGGGUCAGGAAGCAGUGGGAGCAGCAUGAGGCGUGUUGAGAGGAGGUUUAGAGUGCCGCUGUGGUGGCCGUUUGGUAGCCGGAAUGAUGGGAGUGACAGUGAAUGAGAGGAUAGGCCUCAGGACAAACAAAUACUGAAUAUGGUCUGUUGCUGGCGACUGAGCAGAUCUGCAAGAAUGAAGGAGGCCUUUCUCUGUCCAUGUUUGGUAUUCCUGACUACAAUUUCUUAACAUUUAUAGGGUGUAAGAAGGUUGAUUUGGGUCAAUUCCAUAGAACCUUAGUUAUUUACCUAUACUUGGGGAGUGGAAGAGGUGAAUGUAAAUGUGGAAUGCUGUGUAGGGACAUGCAACAGUUAUGGUGUGGGAUUUAGCAAAUAAGUGAGGAGUUUUAUCUAUGUAUAUGCUGGCCGUGUAGCGAGGCAUUUUUCUGGUUAGGAUAUGAUCAGGGUCUGCAAAUCAUUGCUAGACGAGACCCAAAAGCUAAGUCUUAGUUGGGGUAAAGCUAAGCUGAUGAGUUAUGAUAAACUUAAUUUUAUCAAUGCUUUUAACUCAUUCCUCGAUUUGUGGAUGCGAAAAUUUGUAGAACGUUAAUUGGCCAACAAGAGUACAUCAAUAUAAACUAGAUGAGGAAUGGUGUUUAGGCCUCAAACAAAAUUAAAUAGAUGGAUUGCGUUAAAUUUAAUUAUAUCAA